CAUACUGAGAACUGCCCGCAAUGCGCCGGGCAGCGGGCAGAUGCGAUGGACGAGCACCUCCACCACCGACUCUAUCCCGAAGGCCUUGUCUUUCCCAAAACUUUUGCCGACUUUAAAAAAUAACUCUUGUUCAAGGGGUUAACCUCUUCGCAACUUUCACCUAUUUCCGCCCCCCUUUCCUCGGAUCGGGAGGGUUGUGAUCUGAAUGCAUGUAGUCUUCGUUCUGAUCUGGAAUUUACAGAAAGGAUGGAGUAGCUUGCGAGGGAAAUUUAUUCGAGGCGGAUCGCCCGUCUCUACAAGUUCUUGUUUCCCAGCAGCUGAUUUGCAUAGAGCCGCCGGAUUUGAUCUGUUUGGCGCAAGUGUUAGAAGGCUACUGGUGGAUCUGAAGAUAGUACAAAUUUCUAGGGUACUGUAAUUCGUCACCAUUGGAAGUUUGCCUCUGCAAAAGUCCACGUGGCAUUUCAAGGUAUCAGGGAUUUUCGACAGCAGCAGAAUCAAAAUAAUUUAAGGCUUGGAUGCUUAGAUAGGUUUGCCAACUUUCUUGCACAAGCCAGCCUGCAAUAUUGCAAUUUAGUUAAAGAAAGAAAGAGUUUUGAAGAAAUGGCUCAAGAGAGCAGGAAAAGAGAUCACGAUGAGACUGGCUGUCAGCCUCCUGGAGGUCCUAUUCUUUGUGCAAACAACUGCGGCUUCUUUGGAAGUGCAGCAACCAUGAAUCUUUGUUCCAAAUGUUACAGAGACACAGUACUGAAGCAGGCCAAGGCCAAGACUGCUUCUACAUCCCUCUGCAUUGAAAAUAACAACAAUAUUAAUAUUGUCAAGCCAGCUGAGGUUUCUCAACCUACAGUGGAAUCAAGCCAGGAAGAGUUGUCUCAAGGCCUGGUUGGAUCUUCUUCUGUUGGAGCAGAUCAAGAAGAAGGGCAAGAAAAGGCAAAGAAUGGGCCAAAUCGUUGCAAUUCGUGCAGAAAACGGGUUGGAUUGACAGGCUUCAAUUGUCGCUGUGGAAACACUUUCUGUUCUUUACAUCGCUAUUCAGACAAGCACAACUGCCCCUUUGAUUACAGGGCUGCAGGUCGGGCUGCCAUUGAGAAGGCAAAUCCUGUUGUCAAGGCAGAGAAAGUAGACAAGAUCUAGGUAUAUAUUUCUUACAAUCUGGUUGAAUCCAGAAGGUAAGCAUGGCCUUUAGAAUUAUCGGGUCUGUGUUAUGGUGUGUGAUGAUGAUUAAAGAGUGCGCAUCUUUGAUUAAAGAGUGAGAAAGAAUGAUAGAUUUAGCUGCCUUGGAGCCAUAAAGUAUCUAAUUUUAGUGGGUGACAGACUGGAUGUAACUCAAGGAUGACUACCUCUACUCCUAAUUGCUUUGCACUGGGUUUUGUAUGGCUAUAUUUAUGGAUAAUUUGUUCUGAAAAAGACCCCAUGGCACUUUUCUGACUAGGGCAGUAUUUUUCUUUUCGUUUGUAAUAUGUCUAUAUACUUUCCAGAAUGUGAAGUAUUAUUAGUAGUUGAUGA